GGUUGAGAAGUUGAGAUGGUCGAGGGAGUGGGGGAGGAGGGUAUGUAUAAAUAAGAACGGACCAGCAGACAAGCGAAUAAGCCGGCACGGGAAUUAUGAAUAUCCUGGAUACUCCAUCUUUCCUACGCAUUCCCGGAGACGAUCUCAAAAUCUCAAAACGUACGACAGCAACACAGUGUGUGCCUCUUUGGCUCUUCCCACCGAUAAAAGCUCUCUGACGGGUGAAAAUGGCAACGCCGCGGUACCUUUUCCGCAUCAGUGACCGGCGAAGUCCCGGCACGACAGACAUGGUCUGGGUAAAAUCGCCAGUGUCGAGUGGAAGCAGGCUGGCUCGCAACGACAACGUGUACGCGCACAACAACUUGCCAGAGCGGGCCGCGGUGAUGUUGAACAACCACCUGCGAUGGAAGUGCGGCGGCGAGUGCUACGUCAUGUCGUGGACGAAUUCGCUCUUGGUCGCCGUCGUGUACGGGCUGUACCGGCAUCAGGUGCAUGGCACGCCCCUGUCGGACAUUCGGCUGCUCAUCGUCGACACGAGCAAAUUCGAACGCGGCAUGUUCUUUCGCGACCUGGACCUGAUGGACGCGUACCGGAGCGCGGACCAGGGCCCUGACGGUCUCCAGAACAUGUACGAUCUGCGGACGGUGAUAUCGGACGGCGAGUUCUACUUCGGCGAGUACCUAAGCGUGCAAGAUGUGUAUGUGCGCGGUAAGUGUGCGCAGACGACGAUGCGGGACUUGAUGGGUUGUGGACUGGCUUCCUUCCGGCCGGAGAUGACGAAUCGGGACCCGCGCUGGGCUAAGAGGGUAGUGGAGCUCCGAGGGGUGUUCGGCGGAGAGAUGCCCACGACGGAGACACCUGAGGUGUUGGUCCGCAGGGCGAUCGAGUUGGCACGAGAGUGCUUUUGGGAAGUGCGGGAUGCGUGGACGUUGCCGGUGGCGGCUAUGGUGCUGAGCCUCGUGCCACGGCGACGGAAUGACGAGACGAUGGUGAGGGUGUUCCGAAACGAGUUUACAGGUGCGUUCUUUUCAAGGUUGACAACUUGGCCGUCUUUCACCCGUGGCCCAUUGCUAACGCCCUGGGACGUUGGAACUUGGCGCCCCAUGAUAAGAUGAAUAUGUCAGACGUAUAUCGUUUGACACGAUGCAUUUCGGGUCAGAUCGACUGCCGGAGGUGGAACAAUAUGAGUGGCUCAUGUGGGAUCUU